AUGACACAAACUUCGGUAGAGGAUGGUAUGUGGGUUGCGAACGGUCCUCAAAACGGUCUAUCGGAUUCUGGGACGCUUGAAUUUUUAAUCAGUGGAACAAAAGAGCAUUACAUUGACUUAGCCAACUCGUACAUGCAUAUUCAAGUAAAGAUAGUGAACGCGGAUGGUACGAAUCUGGCAGAAGACGCGGAAAUCGCCCCCGUGAAUAACUUUUUUCACUCACUCUGGUCGCAAAUUAUGCUCAGUCUCAAUAACAGGGAGGUGACCUCUAGUGGGUCGAUGUAUCCGUACCGAAGUUAUAUAGAAUCCCUUUUAACGUUUGGUUCGGCAGCCAAGAGUACUUAUUUAACCGGAGCUUUGUUCUAUAAGGAUACACCUGGACAUAUGGAUUCGAUCGCCGCAGCGAAUGUAGGUGCUACUACCAGAAGAGCUUUCGCUGCUGAAAGCAAAGUAAUUGAUAUGCAGUCGAAGUUACAUCUGGAUAUGAUGUUUCAGCAACGUUACCUUAUCAAUAACGUAGACGUCAAAUUGAAAUUGACGCGCUCACGAGACGCUUUCGUCACUAUUGGGGUCGCCGGGUUUAAAAUAAAAAUUUUAGCUGCUGUACUACACGUCAGGAAGGUAAAAAUUAGUCCAAGUGUUCAGUUGGAACACAUCACAGCUCUUUUUAAAGGUUUAUGUCUAUAUCAAAUUCUGCGAGCCGAAUUAAAAACGUUAACUAUCCCGAGGUUUAAUCAAUCAAUUUCACAUGAUAAUUUAUUCCUCGGACAAUUACCUCGAAGAGUGAUUUUGGGCUUUGUUGAUAAUGACGCUUUCAACGGACGAUUAAAUACUUUUUAUACAAACGCGUCAAACGGUAUUUCAACAGAGGAAUAUUCACGAGGUUUUACCUUGUACGCUUUCGAUUUGACCCCUGAACUCGCGUCCAGCGGUCACUUUGACUUGUUAAAGAACGGGGACUUAAGUUUAGAAGCAAAAAUUUUGGAGGCUCUACCAACGUCAGUCAAUGUGAUAAUCUACGCCGAGUUCCAAAAUCUUAUUCAAAUCGAUCGACAGAAAUCCGUACUGACCGAUUUUAGUGCUUAA